AUGUACAUCACCUCGGAUCUUUUUGGGCGGAGCUCUUCGCACAACCACGGCGACCACGCGCCCUCGACGCUUUGGAACACCAUGGCCGACCCGCCACACGCGGCCGGCUUGGGAAAGAGGAAGAGGCACGACGCAGCCGAAGAAGGACCCAGCACAUGCAUGCACCACCAACGGGCGUCACCCGCUAGUCGUCGGUCCCAUGCGCACAGCUCGUCGUUCGGCGACAGUAACCGAAGCCACCCGUACUCCAGCUACUCUGCAUCAUCCACAUACACGGCCUCCGAACGACGGCCCGUAAAGCAGGCAAAGCGCCUCAGUCCCAAAGCAACACUCGUCAAGUCGGCAUCCCACCUCAUGGACAUCGAGCCAGAGCGGCCAGCCAUCUUGUCCAGGCCUGAUGCACACCAACACCCCGUCACUGAUCUGCGCCCAUGCCACGCCUGCAAAUCAGCACCGAGGCGGAAGAAGGAUCUCGAGAACUAUCUCGACUGCAGGCGCUGCGACGGUCGAACAUGCUACAUCUGUGCACGGCAGUGCUUUGGCGCGUGCGGGAAAGCUGUGUGCAACAAGUGCAUAGUUGAGGUCGGGGAAGACGGGGAUCCUUGGUGUCUGGACUGCUACUCACGCAACAUCAACUCCUAG